AAAAAUUGUAUAAUCAGCCUAAUUAAGGAUAUCUCUGAGGAGUAUAAAUUAAACCUUAAAGAUUGUGAUCUUCUAGAAGUAAAGGAGCGGACUUUUAAAUAUUCUGACACCAGUCACUGGCCCACAACUGCUAGCCAGAAAGAGGAAGUUGCCAUUUUACAUGAAUCUAACAGUGAAAGACUGUUGGUGGUUAUGUCUUUCCCAGGAGAAGAAGUGAACAGACAGCUAUGCAGAGAUGCCAUCUUCCCUAUUCCUGUGGCCUGUGAUGCCCCAUGUCCAAAGGACUGUGUGCUUACUGCAUGGUCCUCAUGGUCCUCCUGCUCACACACCUGCUCAGGGAAAACCACAGAAGGGAAACAGAUACGAGCACGCUCCAUCCUGGCCUAUUCAGGUGAUGAAGGUGGAAUUCACUGUCCCAACAGCACUGCUUUGCAAGAGGUGCGCAGCUGUAAUGAGCAUCCUUGUACUGUGUACCACUGGCAAACUGGUCCCUGGGGCCAGUGCAUUGAGGACACCUCAGUGUUGUCCUUCAACACGACUACAACUUGGAAUGGAGAGACCUCGUGCUCUGUUGGCAUGCAGACACGAAAAGUCAUCUGUGUGCGCGUCAACGUGGGCCAAGUAGGACCCAAAAAGUGUCCUGAAAGCCUUCGGCCUGAGACAGUGAGGCCAUGUCUGCUUCCUUGUAGGAAGGACUGUUUUGUGACACCAUAUAGUGACUGGACACCAUGCCCUUCCUCCUGUAAAGAAGGGGACUCUGGAGUCAGGAAGCAGUCUAGGUAUCGGGUCAUCAUUCAGCUGCCAGCCAAUGGAGGACGAGACUGCACAGAUUCUCUCUAUGAAGAGAAGACAUGCGAGGCCCCUCAAGUGUGCCAAAACUACAGGUGGAAGACUCACAAAUGGCGCAGGUGCCAGUUAGUACCAUGGAGCGUGCAACAGGACAUCCCUGGAGUACAGGAAGGUUGUGGGCCUGGACGACAGGCAAGAGCUAUUACUUGUCGAAAGCAAGAUGGAGGGCAGGCUGGCAUCCAUGAAUGCCUCCAGUAUGCAGGCCCUGUGCCAGUGCUGACCCAAGCUUGCCAGAUCCCCUGCCAAGACGAUUGUCAAUUUACCAGCUGGUCCAAGUUUUCUUCUUGCAAUGGAGACUGUGGUGCAGUUAGGACCAGAAAGCGCACUAUUGUUGGAAAAAGUAAAAAGAAGGAAAAAUGUAAAAAUUCCCAUUUAUACCCCCUGAUUGAGACUCAGUAUUGUCCUUGUGACAAAUACAACGCACAGCCUGUGGGGAACUGGUCCGACUGUAUUUUACCUGAAGGGAAAGUGGAAAUGCUCCUGGGAAUGAAAGUACAAGGAGACAUCAAGGAAUGUGGACAAGGAUAUCGUUACCAAGCAAUGGCAUGCUAUGACCAAAAUGGCAGGCUUGUGGAAACGUCCAGAUGUAACAGCCAUGGUUACAUCGAAGAGGCCUGCAUCAUCCCCUGCCCCUCAGACUGCAAGCUCAGUGAGUGGUCCAACUGGUCACGCUGCAGCAAGUCCUGUGGAAGUGGUGUGAAGGUUCGCUCUAAGUGGCUGCGAGAAAAACCAUAUAAUGGAGGAAGACCUUGCCCCAAAUUGGACCAUGUCAACCAGGCACAGGUAUAUGAGGUCGUCCCAUGCCACAGUGACUGCAACCAAUACAUAUGGGUCACAGAGCCAUGGAGUGUCUGCAAAGUGACCUUUGUGAAUAUGCGGGAAAACUGUGGAGAGGGCGUGCAAACCCGAAAAGUGAGAUGCAUGCAGAAUACUGCAGAUGGCCCUUCAGAACCUGUGGAAGAUUACCUCUGUGACCCAGAAGAGAUGCCCUUGGGCUCUAGAGAGUGCAAAUUACCAUGCCCUGAGGACUGUGUGAUAUCUGAAUGGGGUCCAUGGAGCCGAUGUGCUUUGCCUUGCAAUCAAAGCAGUUUGAGGCAGAGGUCAGCUGAUCCCAUCAGACAACCUGCUGACGAAGGAAGAGCCUGCCCCAACACUGUCCAGAAGGAACCCUGCAACUUGAAUAAAAACUGCUACCACUAUGAUUAUAAUGUAACAGACUGGAGUACAUGUCAGCUGAGUGAGAAGGCUGUUUGUGGAAAUGGCAUUAAAACAAGGAUGUUGGAUUGUGUUCGCAGCGAUGGCAAGUCAGUUGACCUGAAAUAUUGUGAAGAGCUUGGCCUGGAGAAGAACUGGCAGAUGAACACAUCCUGCAUGGUGGAAUGUCCUGUGAACUGUCAGCUUUCUGAUUGGUCUCCCUGGUCAGAAUGUUCUCAGACAUGUGGCCUCACAGGAAAAAUGAUCCGAAGACGAAAAGUGACGCAGCCCUUUCAGGGAGAUGGGAGACCCUGCCCUUCCCUGAUGGAACAAUCCAAGCCUUGCCUGGUAAAGCCUUGUUAUCGGUGGCAAUACGGCCAGUGGUCCCCUUGCCAAGUGCAGGAGGCCCACUGUGGAGAAGGGACCAGAACAAGGAACAUUACUUGUGUAGUCAGUGAUGGGUCAGCUGAGGAUUUCAGCAAAGUGGUGGAUGAGGAAUUCUGUGCUGCCAUUGAACCCAUUGUAGAUGGUAAUAAAAAAAUUGUCCUGGAGGAAACCUGCACACAGCCUUGCCCAGGUGACUGUUAUUUGAAGGACUGGUCUUCAUGGAGCCUCUGUCAGCUUACCUGUGUGAACGGCGAGGAUGUAGGCUUUGGUGGAAUACAGGUUCGAUCCAGAGCAGUGAUUAUACAAGAACUAGAGAACCAACAUCUGUGCCCAGAGCAGAUGUUAGAAACAAGAUCAUGUGAUGAUGGACAGUGUUACGAGUACAAGUGGAUGGCCAGUGCCUGGAAGGGCUCUUCUCGAACAGUCUGGUGUCAAAGGUCAGAUGGUGUAAAUGUAACAGGAGGCUGCUUGGUUGUGAGCCAGCCUGAUACUGACAGGUCUUGUAACCCACCAUGUAUUCAACCCCACUCAUACUGUAGCGAGACAAAGGCAUGCCACUGUGAAGAAGGGUACACUGAAGUCAUGUCUUCUAACAGUACACUUGAGCAGUGCACACUUAUCCCCGUGGUGGUCAUACCCACCGUGGAGGACAAAAGAGGAGAUGUGAAAACCAGUCGGGCAGUACAUCCGACCCAAAUGUCCAGUAACCCAGCAGGACGGGGAAGGACCUGGUUUCUACAGCCGUUUGGGCCAGAUGGAAGAUUAAAGACGUGGGUUUAUGGUGUAGCAGCUGGAGCAUUUGUGUUGCUCAUCUUCAUUGUCUCCAUGAUUUAUCUAGCUUGCAAAAAGCCAAAGAAACCCCAAAGACGGCAAAACAACCGACUGAAACCUUUAACCUUAGCUUAUGACGGUGAUGCAGACAUGUAACAUAUCACUUUUCCUGGCAACAACCAGUUUUGGUUUUCUGACUUUGUAAUAUGUAUCCAGAGGCCACAGUAACAGUAUCUAAACUGUGCAGAUUAUAAUUCAUCUUAACCAUUUAAAAGAGCAUCAUAAAGAAAAGAGUGAAAACCAUACUGCCACUGGGAAUACUCAAGACAGUACCACUUACAUAUAGACCAUCAAUCUUGAGAAUUCUAGGAGAUUUAGUUGCAUUUUGAGAGCUUUGAGUCAUCUUUUGGGCAAUCUACCGAUUGAAAAACUACUUUCAUCUCUGAAAAAUACUGGUGAAGUUGGCCAGUUGGGAUGCCUGAUGUAAGACUGCAGUGCUAACCCACAGAACUUUCUAGCAUGAUGAAUUAAUACAGAGAUGUUCUACAAUACUAUAGUCAAGCAUAACAACAUGUAUACUCAACUGAAUGAUACACAUUAUUAUGUACUUGUUAAUAGGCAACUUUAACAGUGAAAAAAAGCAAAGCUUUUAAGCUGAGCAGAACGCACACUGAACAAAUUCAGCAUCUUUGUGGUUGAUGGUAGCUUUUAUUGACCUGCAUUUGAGAGACAGACUCUUUUAUAGGAUUUCACCCUUGUCUCUCUCCAAUGUAUGAAUGCUGGACAUAUACUAGUAUCUUAGAAGAAAGAGUCCUCAAGUUCAGUAUUUUAGAGUGGUUAUUGUCUGGAAAACUAAUUUGCUUGUGUUAAUACAUUUGUACUUUCCCUAAUUUCAAACUUGUUGCCUGCAUCUUUUUUGCUACAUGGAAGGCACAUUUUUGCACUAUAUUAGUGCAGUAUGAUAGGCUCUUAUCCAGUAUUGCCACAGAAACUGCCUCUUUUCAUAUGGGAUGAAGACAUCUGUGCCAAGAGUGUCAUACAGACAUUUGCAAGUUCUUGUAUCCUGAAGAGAGCAAAGUUCAGUUUGGAUGGAAACAGGAUGGAAUCAGCUCUUAGAACUGCUAUCUAUAUACUCUUUUCUUCAUCACUGCUGCCAUUUUGAAAUUGUCAACAUGGUGGUAAUUUACGUAUUGAAGUUCUGACCCUUUAACCCUACAACAGGUGGAUCCCUCUAAUUAGUUUGUAAUUGUUCUUUGAAGGCUGUUUAUGACUAGAUUUUUAUAUUUGUUAUCUUUGUUAAAAAAAAAA